AUUGCUAAUUAACACGAAAUCAAUGUUUUUUUCAUGUUUCAUUAAUCUAAAAAAACAAAAUUGAAUAAAACGUUGAACAUGAAACUUUCGUCGUCAGUAUUGGAAAGUAACGACGCGAGACAAUGUUUUAAGAAAGAACACGUGCUCCGAAUGAAGUUGUUGAGUUGAGAAAAAAAAUACAAUCGAACGGAUGCGUACUUCGUAAUGAGAAUUUCGUAAUUGGUCGAACAUUGACGUGACCAUUUGCGGUGUUUAGUGACCUAUUCCAUCUAUGGAAAUCAACGAAGCAUCCCUACCUGUGUUUUAUGUUAGCCGAAUAUUUGGAUAUGCACCCUAUCGAAUUGAACGGACUGUUUCGGGGAAGUUUAAAGGGGUUCUGAGGAGUAUUCCAAUCAGAAUCUACAGUGUUGUUUUGCUCAGUACAUUAGCUCUUUUGUGUGCAUAUGGAAUGUAUUGCGACGUUGUAGCUACGGUGACUUUAAGAAUGAAAUCAACUACAGCGAGAAUUGCUACCGUCUUCGAUGUGAACAUUAUUGGGGUCUCGUGUCUAUUUGGGGUUUUAUCAGGUACGGUUGGCUUCGAUCAAAUGCUGGAAAUAAAUCGUCGACUUAAAGAGGUAGACGAGAUUUUAUUGAUUUAUAUUGACCGGGACAAGGAAUCGAGACGUAGAGCACUUAAAUUGCUUCUUCCCAUUUAUACAGCGAUACUAUCACUGUUAGCUUUAGAUGUGUUCGGUUGGUACAGACAAGCUCUGAAAAUUAAAGAAACUGAUCCCUUAGCAGUCAAUGUUGUAAAUAACUUGUAUUGGUAUGCACCAUUCUACACACUGUACAUCUUUCUGCUGACAUUGCAAAUUCAAUUUACCCACUUAUCAUGGAGUCUGGGAACAAGAUACCAACGUUUGAAUUUGGCUUUGAAGUACACGUUUUAUAGAGAGAGAUCAUUUUUACAUCAGAAGAAUGUAGCUUUCGGUAUCACGUCAACUAAUGAAUUUCCCAAAAUUGAAAAAGCCAUCAACAAUGCACCUCGUCGUGAUCGGGCUGCUUAUCUGCACAACAUUUACUUGAAGAACUUUGCUUACGUUCACGAAACAUUGGGAAAAACAGUCAUUUCUAUUUCAAGCUACUUCGGCAUCACCCUGUUGAUGCUGCUGUCGUCCUGCCUUCUACAUUUGACAGUGACCGCAUACUUUCUGAUACUGUCGUUACUGGAUCAGAAUGCAUUGGAUCCAUUUCAUAUAUCGUUGCAAGCUGUAUGGCUGGUAUUUCACACUUUUCGGUUAUUGUUAAUUGUUGAGCCCUGUAACAUGACGUCUGCAGAGUCUAGCCACACUACCCAUCUCGUCUGCAAUAUAUUAAGGGACAGACCAAAAUCAGCCAUUCUAGAGUCUUUUUGGCAACAGUUGAUAGCAAAGGAAACAUACUUUACUGCGCAUGGCAUCUGUAGGAUUGAUCGCAGUAUUUUAACAACGGUACUGUGGUCUAUAACGACAUAUCUGGUCAUACUAUUACAGUUUGAAAAGAUCUACGGAUAGACAUUUCACUGCAAUUUAAAUUUGAUGGCUUCUUUACUGUAACAGAUUAUUCAACUGAUGAUUCA